GUGAAGAACAAAGCUCCUGCAGAGGUUCAGAUCACCGCCGAGCAGCUGCUGAGGGAAGCCAAAGAGAGGGAGCUCGAACUUCUGCCACCGCCACCCAAACAGAAAAUCACUGAUAAAGAAGAGCUAAAUGACUACAAACUGAGGAAGAGGAAGGCCUUUGAAGACAACAUCAGAAAGAAUCGCACCGUCAUCAGUAACUGGAUUAAAUACGCACAAUGGGAAGAGAGCCUGACGGAGAUCCAGAGGUAGCUACCUUAGAUUAGCU